AAAGAAUCGUAUGGUAUGUCCGCUAUCCAGAACCUCCACUCUUUCGACCCCUUUGCUAACGCAAGUAAGGGUGAUGACCUGCUUUCUGCUGGGACUGAUUAUAUCCAUAUAAGACUUCAACAGAGAAACGGCAGGAAGACCCUUACCACGGUCCAAGUGAUCGCUGAUGAUUACAAUAAAAAGAAACUACUGAAGGCAUUUAAGAAGAAAUUUGCCUGCAAUGGUACUGUAAUUGAGCAUCCAGAAUAUGGAGAAGUGAUUCAGCUACAGGGUGACCAGCGCAAGAACAUAUGCCAGUUUCUUGUAGAGAUUGGACUGGCUAAGGACGACCAGCUGAAGGUUCAUGGGUUUUAAGUGCUUGUGGCUCACUGAAGCUUAAAUAAGGAUUUCCUUGCAAUGAGUAGAAAAUUUCCCUCUGUCCCUUGUCACAAGUUUAAAAACCUCAUAGCUUGUAUAAUGUAACCAUUUGGGGUCCGCUUUUAACUUGGACUAGUGUAACUCCUUCAUGCAAUAAACUGAAAAGAGCCAUG